AUGUCUGCCCAGAACUCUGCAGGCAUCCAGACGCUCCUUGAUGUACGGCCUGCCCUGCUCCUCACCUCGUCACGAGAAUUCCGCACCAAGCGCGUCCGCGAGGCUCGUGACGAGGCGAAGAAGGAGAUUGCAGAUUACAAAGCUUCCAAGGAGGAGGAGUUUAAAAAAUUCGAAGCCGAACACAGCAGGGGAAACCAGCAGGCUGAGGAGGAGGCGUCCAAGGAGGCCGACAAGGAGAUCCAGAUUAUUAAGGAGGCCGGGUCGAAGGGACAGGCGGGCGUGGUGAAGAACCUCCUUAGCGCGGUGUUUGACGUGCAGCCCGUUGCGCCAGAGAAGGAGUAG